GGAUCCCUCCGCGCGGCCGGCGCAGUGAAGAGCGGGGCCAGCCGGGAGUCGGCAGCUGCUUCGCCUUUCCUUCACGUCUGUAUCCUUCCGCCGGCGGGGGCCGCUUCCGGCUCGCUGCGCUCCGCCAUUGCGGCUCUGCCUGCCCGGGCCCCGCUGAUUCGGCUCCGGCCCGGCCGCCGCCAUGGCCCAGAUCCUGCCCAUCCGCUUCCAGGAGCACCUGCAGCUCCAGAACCUGGGUAUCAACCCAGCUAAUAUUGGUUUCAGUACUCUGACAAUGGAGUCAGACAAAUUCAUCUGCAUAAGAGAGAAGGUAGGAGAACAAGCGCAGGUGGUGAUCAUUGACAUGAAUGACCCCAGCAAUCCCAUUCGCAGACCAAUUUCUGCUGACAGUGCUAUCAUGAACCCUGCCAGCAAAGUCAUUGCACUGAAAGCUGGGAAAACCCUUCAGAUCUUUAAUAUUGAGAUGAAGAGUAAAAUGAAGGCUCAUACCAUGACAGAUGAUGUGACCUUCUGGAAGUGGAUCUCUCUGAAUACUGUUGCUCUUGUGACUGACAAUGCAGUCUACCACUGGAGUAUGGAGGGAGAGUCUCAGCCGGUGAAAAUGUUUGAUCGCCAUUCUAGCCUCGCAGGCUGUCAGAUCAUCAACUAUCGUACAGAUGCUAAGCAGAAAUGGCUUCUUCUGACUGGCAUAUCUGCGCAGCAAAACCGUGUUGUGGGAGCAAUGCAGCUUUAUUCUGUAGAUAGAAAAGUGUCCCAGCCCAUUGAAGGGCAUGCAGCUAGCUUUGCACAAUUCAAAAUGGAAGGCAAUGCUGAGGAGUCGACUCUCUUUUGUUUUGCAGUAAGAGGACAAGCUGGGGGCAAGUUGCAUAUCAUUGAAGUUGGCACCCCACCAACAGGGAACCAGCCAUUUCCAAAGAAAGCUGUGGAUGUGUUCUUUCCUCCUGAAGCACAGAAUGACUUUCCUGUAGCAAUGCAGAUCAGUGAUAAGCAUGAUGUGGUAUUCCUGAUAACAAAAUAUGGCUACAUCCAUUUGUAUGACCUUGAAACGGGCACCUGUAUCUACAUGAACAGAAUUAGUGGAGAAACCAUAUUUGUCACUGCACCACAUGAAGCAACAGCUGGAAUCAUAGGAGUUAACAGAAAAGGACAAGUGCUUUCAGUAUGUGUGGAAGAAGAGAACAUCAUUCCUUACAUCACUAAUGUGCUGCAGAAUCCUGACCUGGCUCUGCGGAUGGCUGUCCGCAAUAAUUUGGCAGGAGCUGAGGAACUGUUUGCUCGUAAAUUCAAUGCACUCUUUGCACAAGGAAAUUACUCCGAGGCAGCCAAGGUGGCAGCCAAUGCACCAAAGGGAAUCCUGCGUACUCCAGACACCAUACGCCGGUUCCAGAGUGUUCCUGCUCAGCCUGGUCAGACUUCUCCCUUGCUCCAGUAUUUUGGAAUCCUGCUGGACCAAGGUCAGCUGAACAAGUACGAGUCUCUGGAACUCUGCAGGCCAGUACUUCAGCAGGGACGCAAACAGCUGCUGGAGAAAUGGUUAAAAGAAGACAAGUUGGAGUGCUCAGAGGAAUUGGGAGACCUAGUGAAGUCUGUUGAUCCUACACUGGCACUUAGUGUCUAUCUGAGAGCUAAUGUUCCUAACAAAGUCAUUCAGUGUUUUGCUGAAACUGGACAAGUCCAGAAGAUAGUUUUGUAUGCCAAGAAGGUUGGAUAUACUCCCGACUGGAUUUUCUUAUUGAGAAAUGUCAUGCGCAUCAGCCCUGAUCAAGGGCAGCAAUUUGCUCAAAUGCUGGUUCAGGAUGAAGAGCCUCUUGCAGAUAUCACACAGAUUGUGGAUGUCUUUAUGGAGUAUAACUUAAUUCAGCAAUGUACCGCCUUUCUUUUGGAUGCACUGAAGAAUAAUCGUCCCUCUGAGGGUCCCCUCCAGACGCGCUUACUUGAAAUGAACCUCAUGCAUGCACCUCAGGUUGCAGAUGCCAUCUUGGGAAACCAGAUGUUUACUCACUAUGACAGGGCCCACAUUGCUCAGCUCUGUGAGAAAGCUGGCUUGCUGCAGAGAGCACUAGAACACUUCACUGACUUGUAUGAUAUCAAGCGUGCAGUAGUUCAUACUCAUCUUCUCAACCCUGAGUGGCUAGUGAAUUACUUUGGCUCCCUCUCUGUAGAGGACUCGCUAGAAUGCCUGCGUGCUAUGCUGUCUGCUAACAUUCGUCAAAACCUGCAGAUUUGUGUCCAAGUAGCUUCAAAAUACCAUGAACAGCUCUCAACACAGUCACUCAUUGAGCUGUUUGAGUCUUUCAAGAGCUUUGAAGGUUUAUUUUAUUUCUUGGGUUCCAUUGUAAACUUCAGCCAAGACCCAGAUGUGCACUUCAAAUAUAUUCAAGCUGCAUGCAAGACGGGCCAAAUCAAAGAAGUUGAAAGAAUCUGCAGAGAAAGUAACUGCUAUGAUCCAGAGAGGGUUAAAAACUUUUUGAAGGAAGCAAAACUGACUGACCAGUUACCACUUAUAAUUGUGUGUGAUCGCUUUGAUUUUGUCCAUGAUCUGGUACUGUACCUGUACAGAAACAAUCUUCAAAAAUAUAUAGAGAUCUACGUACAGAAGGUAAAUCCAAGCCGUCUUCCUGUUGUCAUUGGGGGACUGCUUGAUGUGGAUUGCUCUGAAGAUGUUAUAAAGAAUCUGAUUCUUGUUGUGAGAGGCCAGUUCUCAACUGAUGAGCUUGUUGCAGAAGUAGAAAAAAGAAACAGGCUGAAACUGCUUCUACCUUGGUUGGAAGCAAGGAUUCAUGAGGGUUGUGAGGAGCCUGCUACUCACAAUGCAUUAGCCAAAAUAUACAUAGACAGUAACAACAACCCAGAAAGAUUUCUCCGUGAGAAUCCUUAUUAUGAUAGUCGUGUUGUGGGGAAGUACUGUGAGAAGAGAGACCCUCACCUGGCCUGUGUGGCUUACGAGCGUGGGCAGUGUGACUUGGAGCUUAUUAAUGUAUGCAACGAAAACUCACUCUUCAAGAGCCUUUCACGUUACUUAGUUCGCCGCAAGGACCCCGAGUUGUGGGCCAGUGUGCUGUUGGAAAGCAACCCUUACAGAAGACCACUUAUUGACCAGGUUGUGCAGACUGCACUGUCGGAGACUCAGGACCCUGAAGAAGUGUCUGUUACUGUAAAGGCUUUCAUGACUGCAGAUCUUCCCAAUGAGCUCAUUGAACUGCUGGAGAAAAUAGUUCUGGAUAACUCUGUAUUCAGUGAACACAGGAACCUGCAGAACCUCCUCAUUCUCACAGCUAUUAAGGCUGACCGCACUCGCGUCAUGGAAUAUAUCAACCGUCUGGAUAAUUACGAUGCUCCAGAUAUUGCCAACAUUGCUAUCAGCAAUGAGCUUUUUGAGGAGGCUUUUGCCAUCUUCAGAAAAUUUGAUGUCAACACCUCAGCUGUGCAGGUACUGAUUGAACACAUUGGAAACCUGGACCGUGCAUAUGAGUUUGCUGAACGCUGCAAUGAGCCUGCUGUGUGGAGUCAGCUUGCUAAAGCGCAGCUUCAGAAAGGGAUGGUAAAGGAAGCAAUUGACUCCUACAUUAAAGCAGAUGAUCCUUCCUCCUACAUGGAAGUUGUUCAAGCUGCUAAUGCCAGUGGAAACUGGGAAGAGCUGGUGAAGUACCUCCAGAUGGCACGCAAGAAGGCCCGAGAGUCGUAUGUGGAAACGGAACUCAUUUUUGCUCUGGCUAAGACAAAUCGUCUAGCUGAGUUGGAAGAGUUUAUCAAUGGACCUAAUAAUGCUCACAUUCAGCAGGUUGGCGAUCGCUGUUAUGAUGAGAGGAUGUAUGACGCUGCUAAGCUAUUGUAUAAUAAUGUAUCAAACUUUGGCCGGCUGGCAUCCACGCUAGUCCACUUAGGUGAAUACCAAGCGGCUGUAGAUGGUGCUCGGAAAGCAAACAGUACUCGGACAUGGAAGGAGGUGUUUUUUGCCUGUGUUGCAGAUGAGCUAGAAGAACUUAUCAACUAUUACCAGGAUCGUGGCUAUUUUGAAGAGCUGAUAACCAUGUUGGAAGCUGCGCUAGGACUUGAGCGUGCACACAUGGGCAUGUUUACAGAGCUAGCGAUCCUGUAUUCUAAAUUCAAGCCACAGAAGAUGAGGGAGCACUUGGAACUCUUCUGGUCAAGAGUCAAUAUUCCCAAGGUGCUAAGAGCUGCAGAACAAGCUCACCUCUGGGGUGAACUGGUGUUCCUGUAUGAUAAAUAUGAAGAGUAUGACAAUGCUAUCAUCACAAUGAUGAACCACCCAACAGAUGCUUGGAAAGAAGGACAAUUUAAAGACAUAAUCACAAAGGUGGCUAAUGUGGAGCUGUAUUAUAAAGCAAUCCAUUUUUAUUUGGAGUUUAAACCCUUGCUGCUCAACGACCUUCUGAUGGUGCUGUCUCCCCGGCUGGAUCAUACUCGUGCUGUCACCUUCUUCAGUAAGGUUAAACAGCUGCCGCUGGUGAAACCUUACUUGCGCUCUGUUCAAAACCACAACAACAAAUCUGUGAAUGAGUCGCUGAAUAAUCUCUUCAUUAUAGAAGAAGACUAUCAGGCUCUUAGGACAUCUAUAGAUGCCUAUGACAACUUUGACAACAUUUCCCUCGCUCAACGUUUGGAGAAGCAUGAACUGAUAGAGUUCAGGAGAAUUGCUGCCUAUCUCUUUAAAGGCAACAACCGCUGGAAACAGAGUGUAGAACUCUGCAAGAAAGACAGACUUUACAAGGAUGCAAUGCAAUAUGCUUCAGAAUCCAAAGAUACAGAGUUGGCUGAAGAAUUGCUGCAGUGGUUCUUGCAGGAAGACAAGAGGGAAUGCUUUGGAGCUUGCCUCUUUACCUGCUAUGAUCUUCUGAGGCCAGAUGUUGUCUUGGAAACUGCAUGGAGGCAUAACAUCAUGGACUUUGCCAUGCCCUAUUUUAUUCAGGUCAUGAAGGAGUACUUGACAAAGGUUGAUGCAAUAAAGGAAAAGGUUGACAAACUGGAUGCCUCUGAGUCUUUGAGAAAGGAAGAGGAGCAAGCUACAGAAACGCAACCAAUUGUUUAUGGUCAGCCACAGCUAAUGUUGACAGCAGGACCCAGUGUUGCAGUUCCUCCACAAGCACCUUUUGGCUAUGGCUAUACUGCACCUCCAUAUGGGCAACCUCAGCCUGGUUUUGGAUACACCAUGUAAGGUGCAGCACAAGCCUCUGGAGCGAUCAUAUUUUUCUUACUGAAACUCCACCGUCCCACCCCGCUUCUUUUUCAUAACAGGGAAAAGCCAGAGUUCUGCCUCGUGUUCUUGUAACCUUUAUUUCAUGAAGGACUGUUUUUGUUUGUUUUCUAGCGCAAACUAUUGGGAUCACACCUACAUUUAAUCCUUUUUUUCACAUUCCAUGUUUAGAUCUUGUUUUAAAGGGGAAUAGCUUAAUUUUUUGUUCUGUUCAGAUGGGCUUUUCUGCAGGACCGCUUCUUACCAUUAAAACAGUCUGUUGUGAAGAUUGAGAUUUGCACUCUAUAGUGUUCAACUCUAAUAUUGAAUCUCUUUUCAUUGUAUGUGAGCAGCUUACAAUAUGUACUGUCUAUCUAAAUGCAUUUUAAGUCUCAUUGUAUAUUCAGAGAAAGCUAAAGCAGAGAUUUGUAUCUGAUCUUGCAAGACUGCCGAUGAAAGACAACACUAAUCAGCAUAUCCUACCCUGGUUGGAUUGCAUAGCUCUUAAAACAAAUUAAAUGCGUAAAGACAACCUUGCCUGACUUAAAAAUGAGUAAAGUUUCCCUUAACCUAUGCAGGUUUUCCAUUUAUGCAUAUAGAAAAAUGCUAGUGUUUGGCUCACUCCAUAUGUAACAAUGACCUUUAUGUUGUGCUGUAUUCUGUGCUUUUUGUGGGACAUUCCAUUCAGGAACAGAGCACCAUGAUUCCAAUCUAUGUAUUUACUAACCCUGCCCUGAGGUUUGUGUAUGUUGGAUAUUGUGGUGUUUUAGAUCACUGUUUUUGAGUGUACAGAAGAGAGAAUUCGAGCAAAAAUAUUGCUGUUCAGUUUUUGUUUGUGCAAUUUGAAAUUACUCAAAUUUAAAAAAAAAAAUAAAUUACUGGACUGUGGACAUUCUGUAUAGUGGUAGUUUCACUUACGUAUUUUUUUUUUUUUUUCUCUUUCUCUGAAACCAACUCUUUCCAGUUCAGGCCAAUGUUUGCAGUAUCAGGAGCCCAAGGUCAGACAGUAUUCCAGAGGUCAGUAAGGGGCUCUCAGCUUAGCAAAACAAAUAGAAUGGAGACCACUUCAAAGUGGUGUCUUGCACUGAGGGAUUAUGCAGGAGAAUAACUUUUUAAUGCUCUUCCUAUUAACUAAGGGAUUAUCAGAUGGGGGUGGAAAAUGGCACUUUUUCUGCAGUUGGCUAUUUUGACCAACUACAGCAUAUCAACUAGGUGAUGCUCCGGGCUUGUAGCUAAGUGUUUUUUUUUUUUUGUCGUUUUUUUUUUUGUUUUUCAGUUUAAAUCAAUGAAGAUCAUGUUCUAGCUAUGUUUAAGCUGCCUUAAUAUAGCUUCCAAUAAAACUUGACCUAAACAUUUGA